AUGCAAACGUUUCAAAAGCCAGAAAAUGCUCUUAAGAGAGCAGAAGAGUUACAAUUUAUUGGGCAGAAUGAAGAUGCACUUCAAAUACUUCAUGCGGCCAUUGGUCAUAGAACAUUUCGAUUACAAGGAUGGCAUAUAUUACAAGAACAGAUUAUGUUAAGGUAUAUUGAAUUUUGUUUAUAUUUAGAGAAAUUGAGCUUAGUUAAAGAUGGGUUACACCAAUAUAGAAUUAUUUGUCAGCAUGGAAACAUUGCUUCUUUGGGUAAAGUUAUCACAGAUUUUCGAGGUAAAGCAGAAGAAAAGGUUCGAAUAGCUAAAGAAAAUAUGAAUUUAAACAAAGAAAAAAUAGAGAAAGAAGAAACUAAUAUAGAUUUUACUGAGAAAAUUUUAAUGUCUUCUUUAGAUAUAGAAUUAUCAGGAAAAUAUGAAAGGAAAUUACAAAAUUCAUUUAGGAUUUGUAUGGAAACGUACAAGAUGAUUUUAGAAAUAUUGAGGGCCACACCAAAAUUAGAAAAGGCUUAUCAUGAAACAGCAAAAAAAGCAUUAAUAUUUUGUAAGGAAAAUAAAAGACUAACAGAAUUUAAAAAAUUAAGCGAUUUACUAAGAAAUCAUUAUAACUUAAUAUUAAAGGGAAAACAUAAACCAGAAUACCAGUCUCUACUUAAAAUUGAGUAUCAUUUAGAGACAAAAAUAAUUCAAUUAGAAGCAGCAUGUGAACUAAAUAUGUGGAAAGAAGCAUCAAACAUUGCAGAGGAUAUUUAUAAUUUAAAUAUGCAUGAUUAUUUUUAUAAAUCCAUGAAGUCAAAUAUUAUAGAACCUGAGUUAGCGAUGAUCGUGGAAAAUAUGCCCUCUAAUAGUAAAAAUGCAACUUCAGAAGAACAAGAACAGAAGAAGGAGGUCGAUAAUGAAAACGAAAAGGAAAAGAAAGCAGAAGGAAGUAAUGAAUUGAAUAAGAGUGCUCAACAGCAAGGAUCUUUGUCAAAAACACAGGAAGAAGGAGCAGCAGGAGCAGUAGGAGUAGUAGAUGAUUUGAACAAGGAUACCAAAGGGGAAGAUGAACAAAUGAACGUGCAAGCAAAUGAAAGUAGUGCUAAUGCGAAUUAUGUAUUAGCAAAAUCAAAAGAAAACCUAAAAAAUUGGGUUGCUAUUUUUUAUGAGAAGAUGGCAGAUAUCUUGUUUGUUUAUGAAAGUGAACUUUUUCAUGGUUUAGCUUGGCUAAAAUACUGCUUUCAUAUUUUGAAUUAUAAAAAAAGUGUAACAGAAAAAGAGAAGUCUUUUAUUUGUACAAAAGCUGUUUUAGCAGUUUUAUCCAUUCCACUAAUUGGAAAUAAAAAAAAAAAUGAAGAUUAUGCAAAAAUAUUUGAAGCACAUAAAAAGAUGUCUCAACUGUUAGGUCAUACGAGUGUUCCUUUAAAAGAAUCGUUAAAAAAUGGUUUAAGAGUUAGAAAUAUUUUAAAUUGUGCAGAUGAAGAUGUACAAAAAUUAUAUUCUAUAAUAGAGAAUCAGUUUACUCCAUUAAGUUUAUGUUUAGAAUGUGAAGUUUUAUUAAAAGAGUUGGAAAGUACAGAGCAUAAAUUAUAUAUUAACAAAAUUAAAGAAGUAAUUUUUCAUAAGCUAAUUUUACAAUUAUCGAAAGUAUAUAGUUAUAUAUCAAUUGAUUACUUCAUUGAAAAUAUUUGUCCUGAACAUUUUAUUUCUUGGAAUGAUGCAGAAACAAUGUUAGUAGAUAUGGCUUAUCAAAAGGAAUUAGAGAUGCGAAUCGAUUUAACCAAAAGGGCUAUUUAUUUUGAGGAUAAAGAAAAUGUUAAUAGCAGCAUGUUAAUUAAAGAUUCACUUAUGAACAUGUAUGUAGAUCUUCAAGAGGGACUAAAGAUGAUAAAUGAAUGUAUUACUAUAGAGAAUGAAGUAGAACACUUGAAAAUGGGGUUACUAAGGUAUGAAGAAGAAUUUAAUUUAUUAGAUAAGGGAAAUAAGGAUAUUAAUUAUUCUACAGCAAAUAUUGAAGAUAUUAUUGAAAAUGAAUCUUUUGAUGACAACAAACCUAUUGAAGAUGAAAGGUUGUUAAAGAAGAUAUAUGAUAAAAUAGAUAAAGAACAUCAAAAAUUCCAAUUAUUAAGUGAAGAACAUAAUAAGAAGAGAAAAGAAAUGUUAAGAAAACAAAAAGAACAAGAACAAGCACAACUAAAAAUAAAGAUGGAGAAAAAAUUGUUAGAAGAAAAGUUAGAAAAAGAGAAAAAAGAAGAAUUAGCCAAAAAAGGUGAAAAGUUAAGAAUUAAGGAAGAAAAGACAAAGAAGAAAUCAGAAGCAGCAGAACAAAUGUUAAAGGAAAUUAAAAAAUUAUGCACAAACAGUACAAGCAAAAUUUUAAUGAAAGGGAAAUAUAUGGAUGAAAUCACUAUUGAAGAUAUAUUAAAUGGCUAUGUAGAUUUUGAAGAUAUUGAAGAAGUGCAAGAAAAAUUACGAUUAAAUGAAAGGAAUGAAAUUAUUAAAAUUAGAAAAAUGGAAUAUAAAAAAGUUGAUCAUUACUUUAGGGCUUUAAGACAAGUAGAACUUAAUCACAUGAAUAAAUGGAUAGCUUUAGUUUUCCAGGAAGAUACUGAAAUAUUAUUGCAAGAACAGAAGGCCGCUGAAGAAGAACAAAAAGCUGAUUUUGAAGCUGCUCUUAGAGAAAAAGAAGAAUACGUGAAAUUUUCUAAUGAUAUUGAUGAAUUUACGAAAAAUGAAAUGAAAGCUAGAAUUAUGGAAUUUGAAAAAAAUCUAAAGGCUCAAAAGGAUCGUUUACACGAUUUAUUAAAAGAGGAAAAAAUACAGAGAGCUAGGGAUAGACGGGAUCAACAUUUAAGAAAGUUAAAAGCAGAAGAAGAAAGGAAAAGAGUAGAAGAGGAAGAAGAGCGAUUAUUAAAGGAAGAAAUGGAAAGAAGAAAAAAAGAAGAAGCUCAAAAGAGAAAACUUGAUGAAAUUAGUAGAAUUCAAAGAGAAAGAGAUUUAGAAAUAGAACAACAACUUUUAAGGAAAAGAGAAGAAUUAAGAAAUGGGGACAAACUAUAUAGAAAAUCGUCCAUCGAUGAUGACUUUACAUGGAGAAGAGGUGAAAAAACAGGUUCACAAUAUGAUGGUGAUGGCUACAAGAGGUAUGAUGAAAAUCGCGAUGACUCAUAUAGAGAUAGAUCAGAAAGAAGGGACAGAAGAGAUUGGGGAGGAAGAGAUAGGGAUAGAGAUAGGGAUAGAGAGAGGGACAGAGAUAGGGAUAGAGAUAGGGACAGAGAUAGGGAUAGAGAUAGGGACAGAGAACACAGAAGAGAUAGGGACAGAGAUAGAGAUUACAAGAAGGAUAGAGACAGAGAUAGAGAUAGAGACAGGGAAUACAGGAGAGAUAGAGACAAAGAAAGAGACAGAGAUAGAGAACACAGGAGAGAUAGAGACAAAGAAAGAGACAGAGAUAGAGAACACAGAAGAGAUAGAGACAAAGAAAGAGACAGAGACAAAGAAAGAGACAGAGACAAAGAAAGAGACAGAGAUAGAGAAUACAGAAAGGAUAGAGAAAGAGACUUUAGAAAAAGUGAAAGGGAUAAGGAUGAGAAGAGUAGAGAUGAUAAAAAUGAAAGGGACCAUAAUAAUGAUCUAGAUGAAAAAGUAGAUAAAGACGCGAAAACAAACGACAGAAAUAGUAAAAGGGGUCAGGAAAAAAACAAAGUUAAAGAAGAUAUUAUAAAUAACAGUACUGAAGAAAAAAAUCAAAGUGCUUGGAAUGGAAAAGAAGAAGAUUCAGAUAUCAAAAAAAUCCAGGAUAUUAAUAACGGAGAUGAUAAUACUAGGAAAGAUUCAGUAAUAGAAAAUGAUAUAUAUAAAAAUGCCGUAGAAGAGAAACAUAAUCACACUAAAGAUAAUGAAGAAAUGACAAAUGGAAAAGAAAUAAUAGAUAAUGAUCAAGAGAAAAAGGAAGAAGGUUCAGAUGGAGGAGAUUUUACUGUUUUUAAAAAGAAAAGAAAAAGUUUUCUAAAAUACUUUAUGAAAACUUAA